UAAACGUCAUACUUGUCAAAGUAAAAAAAUCAAAAUAUGGUGAUAGUCGCACAAAGGUUUUGUUAACUGUUCUCAAACAUUUUACUACAAUAUAAAGAGCUUCAGGUGCAUUUAGUUGAGCUUUUUGUUUAAUUCUUCCAUAUCCAAUUAUCCAAUAGUGAAAUUUCAAUAGUGGAAACUUUUAACGUGAUGUUCCAUUUGUUCCUUCUGUAAUUAAUUCUAUAAAAGCUUAGAACUAGUGCAGUUAAAAUGCUCUAAACCGUCUAAAUAAAACUGAGUUAUUAGGCUUAAGUUUGAAUUAUAUUUCAAGUUUUUAGGUAUUAUAUCUGGCAAUAUGUCUGUCGCGGAGUUUCUUAAAGGUCUCCCAUCGUAUGAUGAAAACAAUUUUACUAAAUUCCAUGUUGACAACAACAGUAGGUCCCCCCUAAAACGACCUUCAGUGUAUGUACCAACUAAAGAUUUUCCAUCUGAACAAAUAAUAGUUACUGAAAAAACUAGUAUUGUAUUGAAAUAUAUGCAGACACAUUGGGACAAAAAAGCAAAAUACAACAAAAAAACGGGACCACAUACAAGAAAACGAAGAACCGUUACGAAAAAGGCCACGAUUGGAAUAAUCUGCAUCGUUCAUAAUAUAAAACCAAGGGGUAACUGAUUUUAUAUAAUUUUUAUAUAGCCACUGAGUUUUGAGAUUUAAGUUUAGAAAUAUAGUAAUUAUGCCUAGG